CUCUUCUUUGGGACCUGACCAGGAAUGCUGGCAAGUGUGAUGGCCCAUCUGUGGCCCUGCAUCCUGGUGGCUGCCUCGGGAAUUCUAGCCAUAGAUGCACCUCAUCCCAGGAAUUCUGUUCUCCAUCAUCUCACGAAGCAGCUAUUACAGAAAUAUCACAAGGAAGUGAGACCAGUUCAUGACUGGACAGAGACCACCACCGUCUACCUGGACCUAUUUGUCCAUGCUGUACUGGAUGUGGAUGCAAAGAAUCAAAUAUUAAAGACAAGUAUAUGGUACCGUGAGGUUUGGAAUGAUGAGUUUUUAUCCUGGAACUCCAGCAUGUUUGAUGAGAUUAGAGAGAUCUCCCUACCUCUAAAUGCCAUCUGGGCCCCUGAUAUCGUCAUUAAUGAGUUUGUGGACACUGAAAGAUCCCCGGACCUUCCCUAUGUUUAUGUGAACUCAUCUGGGACCAUUAAGAACUCUAAGCCCAUCCAGGUGGUCUCUGCAUGCGGUUUAGAGACAUAUGCUUUUCCGUUUGAUAUCCAGAAUUGCAGCCUAACCUUCAAUAGCAUUUUGCACACAGUGGAAGAUGUAGACCUGGCCUUCCUGAGGAGCAGAGAAGACAUUAAACAUGACAAAAAGAUGUUUUUGAAUGACAGUGAGUGGGAACUUCUCUCUGUGUCCUCAGCAUACAGCAUCCUGCAGAGCAGCGCGGGAGAUUUUGCACAGAUUCAGUUUAACGUGGUGAUUCGCAGGCACCCGCUGGUCUACGUGGUGAGCCUGCUGAUUCCCAGCGUCUUCCUGAUGCUCGUGGACCUGGGGAGCUUCUACCUGCCCCCCGACUGCCGUGCGAGGAUCGUGUUCAAGACCAACGUGCUGGUAGGCUACACCGUCUUCAAGGUCAACAUGUCUGACGAAGUGCCAAGGAAUGCAGGGAGCGUCCCUCUGAUUGGGAUCUUCUUCACCGUCUGCAUAGCCUUCUUGGUGCUCAGCUUAUUCAAGUCCAUCCUGCUGGUCAGAUUCCUCCACGGUGAGCGGUGCAGUGGGCAGGAGUGGCCCCUCGUGUGCCUUCAAGGGGACACGGAGGCUGACGGACCUGCAGUGGAUCCCAGGGCCCAGGACGCUGGGGUGACAGGGUCCCCGAUCUGUCAAGAGCUCCAGGCCCCGGCAGGAACCCUGCAGGAAGUCUGGUCUCAGCUUCACUCUAUCAACAACCACCUCCGAAGUCAGGACCAGGCGCACCAAGAGGAGGUCGGGUGGCUGGCCCUCCUGUACCGCCUUGACCAGCUGCUCUUCCGAAGCUACCUUGUCAUGCUGGGGCUCUACACUGUCACCCUUUGCUCGCUCUGGGCGCUGUGGAGUGGCUUGUGA